AUGGUCCUGGAGCCUGGAGGCGGUCUGUCCUUUCCGUUGCCGCCCGGCAGCGGCUCCAGCGCCUCCGGAGGAUCCUUGCUGGCCCCGACCAGGUUGUUUCAAAGGACGACGCCUGUGUUCCCGUUCCACUUGGCAGGAUGGCCGCCGCAUCAUCCGGUUUUGGGUCAGGUGCAGAGCCAGGUCCAGCAGAGCAUGCAGGCCCAGCAUCAGGCCGCCGCCGCGGCUGUCAGAUUCCUCAGUCAUCAUCAUCCGCAUCAUCCGCAUCCGACGUUGAGCAAUCACUCUCUGGUACCGGCGAUCACCGGGCAUCAUCCUACCGUACAUCAUCUGCAUCAUACUGCUGAUCAUGGAGAGGAAGAUGACGAAAAGAAGGGUUGCGACGGGGAAUCGGAUGAGGGCGGCAACAAGAGGCGAAGAAGCAGGACUAACUUCAACAGUUGGCAGUUGGAGGAAUUGGAACGGGCCUUCUUGUCGAGUCAUUAUCCCGACGUCUUUAUGCGAGAAGCACUGGCUGUGAGACUCGAGCUGAAAGAGAGCCGCGUGGCAGUGUGGUUCCAAAAUCGAAGGGCGAAGUGGCGGAAGAAGGAGCACACGAAAAAGGGCCCCGGAAGGCCGGCGCAUAACGCUCACCCUCAAAGCUGCAGCGGCGAACCUAUCCCGCCCGAGGAGCUGAGACGGAAAGAGCGCGAGAGGCGACAGAAGAAGUUGCUGAAAGCCCUCGAGAGACAGCAGCGGAAGCUCGCUGCUAAAGGCAUAACGGUGGACUUGUCGACAUUGCGUGCCGAGUGGGAGUCUCGCAGCGAGGCGGCGUCGGGUCGCGGCUCCGGGAGCGGUCCCCUGAGCGGCACGUUCGGCCAGCUGGGCCUGGGCGGCGACGGCAACAUAUCCGCGUCCGGUGUGGACGGCAACGAGGAGAUCGACGUGGUCGGCGGACUGGACUCCUGCAGCGAGAGCGGCAGCGAGCGGGUGGACUCGGCGGCGGACGGUUCCGUGGACGGCGAGUGCUUCCCGCAGCUCAGCAGCAACAGCGCGAGCGAGAGCGGCGAGAACCCGCGGAAGAACCCGCCGCAGAAUCCGCCGAUGGAGCACCUGAACCACCAGCCCGGCAUCCAUCACUGGGGCCUGAGCCUGCUGGAGCGACGACGCGAGCUGGUGGGCGUCGGGGCGGGCCGUCAGCCGGCCGGCAACGGCGGCGCCCGCAGCCUCAUCCGGCAGGCCGAGGAGGAGGUCCAGAGCGGCAGCAUCGAUCUCUCGGUGAAGGGCAGGGAGGAGAGGAAGAGGCUGAACCCGUUCUCCAUCGACAGCCUGUUGGGGAACAAUCGGACUAGCGCGGCGUCGGAUCGCAGGCCGGCGACGCCGACGUCGCCGACGUCGCCGGUCUCAUCGGCCUGCACGUCGCCCUCCACGACGUAG